CGCAUAGUGUUGUCGUCGAGAUGAUGUAAUCAUUUGUCGUCGGAAGUACGCUUGCGCGCUAAGCUCAUUGCUUCUGCUGAUGCAAGACAGUGGAUGAGAGAAGUCACGUAAACCGUGUGAACGAUAUUUAACAGGACGAAAAAUAUUGAUUUUUAAUUCAGUCAUCAUGUCAGAAGACGAGAUUUUAUUCGACCCCACCACAACAAAGAAGAAAAAGAAGAAAAAGAAGCCCUUCAUGCUUGACGAAGAUGGAGAUGGGCUUGGAGAGGAGGCCCAACAGGUUGAACAGAGAGAAGUUGAGCCUGAAGCAGGAGAGGAACGAGAAAUGGACCCUGAAGAUGAUGAUGUCAAGACAAAGGAGCCUUUGGAUGAUUUAGAUGAUCUGAACUUCUUUAAUCAGAAAAAGAAGAAAAAGAAACAAAAGAAGGUGUUUGAAAAUGACAUUGAAGAAGGCGUGAAGGAGCUGAAAAUUGAGGGAGACCAGCAGGAAAUAAUGGAGGAAGAUGAUUUGGGCUUGAUGCUUCCAAUUAAAAAAAAGAAGUCAAAAAAAGUGGAAUUUGUUGAGGAGAGAGACGCUGUGGAAACAGAUGAUGUCAUCGAGGAUGAUAAAAGCACAGAAGGCAUCACAUUCAGUUCACAAUCGGGCCCAGCAUGGGCAGGUUCAGAGAGAGAUUACACGUAUGAUGAGUUGUUAAGCCGGGUGUUUAACAUCAUGAGGGAGAAAAAUCCUGAUAUGGUUGCAGGGGAAAAGAGGAAGUUUGUGAUGAAGCCGCCUCAGGUGGUCCGAGUUGGGACCAAGAAAACAUCUUUUGUGAACUUCACUGACAUCUGCAAACUGUUGCAUCGACAGCCCAAACAUCUUUUGGCAUUCCUGUUAGCUGAGUUGGGAACAAGCGGCUCCAUAGAUGGAAAUAACCAACUUGUAAUCAAAGGACGCUUUCAACAGAAACAAAUAGAGAAUGUCUUGAGAAGAUAUAUAAAGGAAUAUGUGACUUGUCAUACCUGCCGCUCACCGGAUACAAUUCUGCAGAAGGACACACGUCUCUACUUCUUGCAGUGUGAAACCUGUCACUCACGUUGCUCUGUAGCCAGCAUCAAGACUGGCUUCCAGGCCGUCACUGGCAAAAGAGCCCAGCUUCGAGCCAAAGCAAACUAAUGCAAGAACCCUAUUCUGGCCUCUUCCCCACACUGAUGCUCUGCUCUGAAGCUCAGCGGAAAGGCUUGGACUUCUGGAGUGACCUGUAGAAGGUUUUGAGUGUAAUUUCUAUUAAUAAAUCUCACUCUGAAGCUAGAGUGCUUCAGUGAACAGGCUGCCUGGUUUGCUCAUCUUACUUUACCUCCUUCCUUCAGAAAUAUUAUGUAAUUUCACUCUCAGAGCAGUAUUUUUUUUUUCAAAGAAAAAUAUAAGGAUAUUAUUGGAUGGAAACCAGAAAUUGGCAUACAUCCUCUUCCUUGCUUUUAAAAAAUGAACCACAGCCUUUUAUGUCAAACUUUGUUUUAUCAAAGGAAAACUGAUUUUCCAAAUGUCAAUGUAUGUUUUUUAUGGGACAGUCAUUGCACAAGAAUGCAGGAAUGUUCAGACUGGAUCCAAGCAAGUGUUUGGUGAUCCAGGCAUCCAGCAAAAUUGUAACUUCAAAUCUCCUUUGAACUCUAACACAGUUCAUAUUUAAUUACACAGACAAAUACAGAUUGCCCUGUUUUCUUUAGUAGAACAUAUGGACAGCUAAUGUUUGGGCAUGUUUCGCAGUGCUUAGAUGGAAAUAAAGGCUUUUUGUUUGCAUAAUUGAAAUUCGAUAAACAUGAAAAUUUAAA